UUAUGAGGCUGUGGGCAAUCGAAGUUGAACCGGUUUCCAUUGAUUUGAUUUGGCGCAGGGAUUGGAGAAAAGGGAGGGGUUCCGCUGGAAAAAGAUGGAGGAAGAGGGGAUAGGGAUGGUGAUGGCGAGAGCAUCGGAGCUCAAGUCCAAGUUCGCCGACUGCAUCAUCCACCGUCGACGAAGGGGAGGACCAAAUGAAGAAGAGGAAGAUGAUGAAGACGAAGAUGAGGAGGAGGAGGAAGAAGAAGAAGGGAGUCUUGUGAACAUUCGAGAUGCCUUGGAAUCCCUCGAGCAGCAGCUCGCCUCAUUGCAGGCCUUGCAACAGCAGCAAAGAUACGAGAGAGAAUCAUCUCUUUUCCAAAUUGACCGUAGCCGCAAGAUGCUGCUUGGCAAACUUACAGAAUACAAAGGUGACAACUUGGAGGUUAUUCAAGAAGCCUUGACAUUUGCUGGCGGGACCCUGGAUUAUAAUGAUGAUGACCUCCUCCUCCCUCCAUACCCAAGCCACCUCCCCGACUUGUUUGUUAUGGACAACCUCUAUCCUUCUUCAAAGUAUAGUAAUCUCACUAAGAAUGGGAAGAAGAGCAUAGAUGUAUCAGAAGAGAGGCAGAAAAAGAAGCCUCAAGGUGUAAGGCAUGUACUUGGGUUGCUUGCGAAGUCUGUGCUGACAUUUGUUGGUGUUGUUUCGGUUUUGAGUCUGGCUGGUUUCAAGCCGACAAUUAGAAAAGACAGUGCUCAAUUCAAGAUCCAAGAGGUAUUAAAGAGGCGGAGUCCUGUUGAGUGUCCUCCAGGAAAAGUUCUGGUGAUGGAAGAGGGGCAGCCGCGAUGCCUUGUGAAGGAGCGGGUUGAGAUACCAUUUGAUCUUGAUGUAUCGGCUCCAAAAAUAAAUUAUGGGUUUGGAUGAUGAUAUACAUGUGUUUAUUUUGCUUGUUUCUUGCUUUUAGUUUUAGCCAGUAGCACUGGACAAUAAUGUUAUCGUUUUUUCUUGUGAUAUAUUCCUGUUAGAUUUGUAUGCAGUUGGGAUCUGAGAAUGUGUAACAUCUCGGGUACCAGAAGUUGAAGGCUAUGUUUAGAAUCAAAGAAGGUAUGCUAAUACAGUUUCUACUUCA